GCCCGCUCAACCCAAAAUUGAAAUCAAAAAACCAGUUUCCGUACCGAUCACAUUCACAUCGCGCGCGGCAAUAGCGUAAUCGAGCCGUAGUUUUUAUAAAAUUGUUAUUCAUGUUUUCUCACGUAGAUUAAAAUCUCAAUAGUUACAGUUAGUUAUUCCGCACAGUUUAAUUUAGGAAAUUAAAAACCGUACUUUGAAGAUACUACGGUACAGUUGUGAUUUCCAAGGUGUGUCGUGGUUCAAAUUUCGAAUCGUGAGUGAACUUUUGUGCAUUCACAUGAAAAUAGGUGUUUUGUUUGUUGCAAUAAGUUUGUGUGCAAAAGAGAUGUUGAGAAACUGUAAAAGAAGUUGAUUAAUUCAAUCGUUUGUGUUUGCAUUAUUUGAGUGAUAUUCCGUGUUUUCUACAAGUCCCAGUGAAGUAAACAUGGCUGGAACGCAAUCACGGCUUCACCGGACAACGAUCAGCCGUUCCUGAUGCCCAACCACACAGUUGUCGGAGUCAUGCAGCCAUGGCCUGCAACAAGGCCGUAUAUUCCAUAUUCAUAGUGAUUUUCGGCUUCAUUUGCUUCAUCGUUGGAGCUGUCGCAGUCGGACUCCCAAAUUGGGGGUAUUUUUUCAGCUAUGAUUCCAACUUACAAAUCUCUAUGCAGUCGUACUACUUGGAGAACCCCAGCUUUGAGCAAGGAUACUUCGGGCCAUGGAUCAUGUGCAAGAAGAUGUUCUACAACAGGGAGAAGUGUGGUCCGGACGUGUCGAAGUUCCGGCCGUCUGCGGCAGUCCACAUCGCUGGCGUGGUUGGUGCCAUAGGCGUGUCAGUGCUGGGCGUGUACUGCAUACUGUCCGUGCUUCAGCUGGCCAUGAUCUCGUCGAAGGAGCGCGUCGGCUUCAAGUACACGCACCUCAUGAUGAUGAAGCUGGCGCUGGCGUUGCUCGCCGUUCUGGCCAUGAUCUCGUCGACGGAGCGCGUCGGCUUCAAGUACACGCACCUCAUGAUGAUGAAGCUGGCGCUGGCGUUGCUCGCCGCAUUGCUGUCGAUAGCAGCAGCAGGCCUGUUUGCUGUCCAAGGCGAUGACGGAGGUUACUAUCUGAAGAGGGGCGAAGCUUUCUAUGUUCAGAUAGUGUGUAUAGUAAUCAACUCGCUGCUGUUCAUAAUGUCUUUAUACGACGUGUUAUUCUCGCGACGGGAAGGCGGCGACCCCACCAAUCCUACGGGGGAGACGCACAGCACCACCAUCAACAACCCCGGCUUCAAAGAAGGGAGAGGGAUAUCGAUGACAGACGCAUCGGGCAAGCCGUACAGUUCGAACGGCCACGGCAGCGUGGGCUCAGUUAACACGACGGCGACUACGCUCACUGGUCUAUCCGAUGCCAGCACCAUAACCCGUUCGCCGCUCCGCUCGUCGCUCAAGAAGCCACGCCCCCGGGAGGGUGAGCCGGGGCUCGGCAUACACAACCCUGGCUAUUCAGGCCACUCUCCCCCACUCAACAGAAACGGCAGCCAAAAGAAAGUGCGCAUACAAACACAUAGCACCGAAGUGUAAUAGUGCAGUGAAAGUGACUCUAAAUCAGUGCGGACUGAACUCGGUUACAAUCAGUGAUUAAGCAGAAGUUUUGAAGACUUUGGAACGUCAAUGAAAAUUUUAUUGGUAUGUUUACUGUGGGUGAACGGACAACUUUUUACUGCGGUGAAAUCCUAUGUUUUGUAGGCAAUUGGAUCAAGUUUGUACGCAAUGCGCUGAUACUGAAAUACAUAUAAAAUUCAAAAUAUUUAUGAAAGUACGAUUGCCAUGUGUGUAAUAAGUAUUUCAGUUUCAUCGCUAAUCAGUACAAACAUGUUUGUUUUAUAAAAGCCAAUAUUCUGCCAAACCAUAGAGAGAACUUGUAAUUUUUAGGUAAUUACCUAAAAAUUUACAAAAUGUUACGAUUUUUUUAAUUUGUGAUCAUAAAUAUUAAAAUAUGUAAAGAAUGUUUGUUGCAGUUGUUCCACAAGUAAUGGCUACUUUUUUAUUUAUACCUACUGUGUUAACAUUUUGUUUCCAAUUAAAAAUCGUAACCUAUAGGUGAUUCUAACUUAUUUCUGACACUGGUAUUGUGAGACAGAUCUUGUACUUUUGUUUAAUUACAGUUUUAAAAAGAUGACUAGUGCAAUUUUGAUGCCAGAGCAUAGUCAUUUAUCUAUGUUUUUAUAUCGAAAAGACAGAUUUUUAACUAGGAUAAUGUACAUUUAUAACUAUGAAUAUCUACAUAUCUCACAAUUAUAUUUUAUAUUUGACUUUAUGAAGUAUUCUUUACAAAUUAUUUAAAAAUUAUUGCACAUGAACAAAGUUCUUAUUACAUAUUUUAUGUAGUAUACAACAUAAUUAUACACAUUGUAUAUAGAUCAGCACAAAGUGUUGUAUAAACUAUAUUUUAUUGUUACGUCAAGCUUGUUGUAUAAAAUCACGCAAUUUUAAAUAUGACUUAUUUACAUUACAGGUAGAUACAAAUUUAAUUAGUUGCAAUAUAGUUAUAAGAUAAACUGAUCUAUAUUUAGAUAAGUAUUGUAAAUACACUUGGUAUUAUAAAUCUAAUUUAAAAAAGCCCACCAGACUUGUUGCAAGUCCGUCAUUUAAAAAUAUCAUAGAAUUAUUAUACCAUAUUUUGGUAUGAACACUUCUGUUUCCAUAUUAUAUUUUAUUAAUUCAUAGUCUUGUAUAUUGUAUAUGGGACAAAAUUGAAUAAGAAAACAAUUUAAAUAACUACACCUCUCCUGUCAAUUGGCACUCGGAAGGUGAUUCUCACUAUUUUUAAGCAUGUGUAAUCAGGAUAUCUCGUAAAAUUUUCUCAAUUUUUAUACCUCUGGUAUAGUGUGAUUCAGAAAGUAAUGUGCCUUGCCUUGUGUACCCUAACCUUGUGCCUUAUCCUAUGCCUCCUUGUAAUCUCUAAAAACCUUCUUAUUCAGUUUAUUUAUGUUAUACACUAGAAAUACUUAGGUUAUUAUUAUUUUUCAAUCCGUCCAAACUCUGGUCUUAAGGUUAUAUUAAAAACCUUAAAUUAGAUAUUUAAGUAGUUGUUUAAGAAUAAUAUGGGAUAAUCAGAUUGUUAUUAUUGUUAUAUUUUGGCUCCGAGUAAUGUUUUAUCCUUUUUAAGAGUUUUAUUCAAGUUUCAGUAUUGAAGUAAUAAAAUUAAUCAUGUUCUAUUGAACAUUAACUAUGCAUAGUCUAAAAUUCAGAAGACCCAUAAUAAUAUUAACAAUAUUACGGUAAUUCUUUGACAAGAGGAUUACAAGAGUAAUUUAAAAACAUUGUAUGUAACCAAUGGAAUGUAAUAUUCUAUCUAUACCAUAGUCAAGAAUAUUGAUGUAUUUGAUAAAUGGCAAAACUAUACACUGUACAUAAUCAAUUAUAUCAUAAUUAACAAACUAUUUAUAAUUAAUUCUCAAUUAGUUUCACCAAUGCACGUAAUAUUAAAUUUUACUGUGGUUAUAAAAAUAUAAUGUGUUAUACAGUGUGAGUCACGUUAAAGUGUACAUAUGAAAA